AUCCGCGGGCUGUCCGUCAGGGAAGGGCAGAACAUGGAUCUACAUUUUCCGACGUGCACUUCACUCUGAGCUCGGUAAAGCACCCCGGAAGGUUUCGGUUCGGUCUCUAUGAACCACGCUAGCGGCGCUUUGGCUUCCAACUCAACAAAGAGCCGCAGCUAGCGUUAGCCGGUCAGCUAGCCCUGUAACUUUUACUGUAACUGUUAAAAAGGAAGCGACUUUUCUCAGCGAAGCAUGGCGUUAAUCCUGUUAACGAGGUCCCGGGCGCCUUUAAUGAAAACCUCCAGGUCACUAAAGAGCGAAUUCCGCAAAGGGAAACUAAAGGAAGGUGCCUGUUUCAACUGCACAACCCUCAGACUCUCCAGUCAAAAACCCGAUGGGCUCCGACUCGGCAGCUUGUCCCAGCUUCCCUCCUUCGGUCCUUCUCUCCCUUUGUCAGAUGAAUAUGUGGCUCAUAGCUCAGACUCCCAGCGGUUCUACUGCGCUUUUGUUUUGGGAUCUUCCUCCUCCUCUUCCUCGACGUACUCUGCGUUCACAUCGGGCUCCCCGUGGACGAUAGCGCGACCGCAGGACAUCGCCGGCGUCCGGUGGAUCCACACCUCGAGGAGGCGGUGGGACGACUCGAAGGUGGAGAAGUCGCUGCGGUCGCUAAAGGACAAGAAGAAGAAGCUGGAGGAAGGCGGGCCGGUGUACAGCCCCACGCUGGAUGCCGAGCCGGUGAGACGGACGCUCCGGCAGCGAGUGGUGGACGAAAUCAAACACUACUACCACGGAUUCAGGCUGCUGUGGAUCGACACCACCAUCGCAGGACGGAUGCUGUGGAGGGUCCUCAACGGACACGCUCUGUCUCGCCGGGAGAGGAGACAGUUUCUCAGAACGUGUGCAGACGUCUUCAGACUUCUUCCUUUCCUCGUCUUCAUCAUUGUCCCCUUCAUGGAGUUCCUGCUUCCUGUGGCGCUGAAGCUCUUCCCCAACAUGCUGCCGUCCACAUUCGAGACACAGUCAAAGAAGGAGGAGAGGUUGAAAAAGGAGCUGAGGGUCAAACUGGAGAUGGCCAAGUUCUUGCAGGACACCAUCGAGGAGAUCGCUCUGAGGAACAAAGUCGCUCAAGGAAACGUGACCGAGGAGUUUUCCACCUUCUUCCAGAAGAUCCGGGACUCUGGGGAGCGUCCCAGCAACGAGCAGAUCUUGAAGUUCUCCAAACUGUUCGAGGACGAGCUCACCCUGGACAACCUGACCCGACCUCAGCUGGUGGCGCUCUGUCGCCUCCUGGAGCUCCAGUCCAUCGGCACAAACAACUUCCUUCGCUUCCAGAUCAUCAUGAAGCUGAGGGCCAUACGUGCAGACGACAAGCUGAUAGCGGAGGAAGGCGUGGAGAGCCUGAAUGUGAAUGAAGUUCAGGCAGCUUGUCGUGUCCGAGGGAUGAGAGCUCUGGGAGUCACAGAAGAAAGACUGAGAGAGCAGCUCAGCCAGUGGUUGGAGCUGCAUCUGAACCAGCAGAUCCCCACCUCUCUGCUGCUUCUGUCUCGAGCCAUGUACCUCCCCGACACCUUGUCUCCUGCCGACCAGCUGAAAACAACAUUACAGACACUUCCAGAAGUGGUGACCAAAGAAGCCCAGUUGAUGAUGUCGGAGAUGGAGCUCUCCAAAGUGGACAACAAGACCAAACUGGAGGCGACGCUGCAGGAGGAAGCAGCCAUACGUCAGGACAACAAGGACCGGGAGAUGGAGAGGUUGGCUGACGCCGCAGAGAAAGCUGCCAGGGAAGGCGAGUUGGAGCUGGAAGCUGUGAGGGUGAAGGCAGAGCCGGCGUUUAAAGCCGACAAGUCGGCUCGUUCAGAGAUCCUGAGGGAUACAGCACCCGUCAUCGAGGGGAUCAAGUUUGAACAGUGGCAGAGGUUUCUGCGCUACCAGAGUGAGGAGAUCACCAAAGAGGAGAUCGACAUGCUGAGCGACGCCUGUUCGAAGCUGAAGGAGCAGAAGAAACUGUUGACUCUGGAGAAAGAAGAGCUGGAAGAGCUGAAGGACGACGUCCAGGAAUACAACGAGGAUCUAGAGGAGAUAAAGAAGGAGCUUUCUAAGACGGGUCAGGAGAAGGCCCUGGAGGAGUCGAAGGCCAGCCAGCGACUCUCUAAGAGGGUCAACCGGAUGAUCGGUCGCAUCGACAAGAUCAUCCUGGAGCUGGAGAAGGACAAAGUCAUCCUGGACGGACAGGUGGACAGUGGAGCCACCCCCCCUGUUGGAUUAUUCUUUACUAAAUAUGCCACCAGUCUGUUCUACACCUUCAGGGAGAACCUGAUCAGCAUCGACGAGCUCAUCAGCGUCAUGCGACAGAUCCAGAACAUUCCAGAGCACAAGCUGCAGAGCAUCGCCGAGGCGCUCGACGACAACAAGGACGGCAAGAUCGACAUCGACGACGUCAUCAAAGUGGUGGAGCUGAUCGACAAGGAGGACAUCGACAUCUCCACCUCGCAGGUCACCGACAUCAUGGUGAUGCUGCAGAAGGAGGAGAAGCUGAUGGAGAAGGAGAAGGCCAAAGAGAAGGCUGAGAAGGAGCAGGCAGCCACACUCAACAACUAACUCACUUUCCCUCGUAGACGCACACACACACACACACAAAAAAACCCUAAAUAAUAAUAAUAAUAACAGACCACUGAGAAGUUUGUGACUUUAACUCGGUCACAUAGAACUCUGGAUUCAUCCGGACGAGUCGAGGGAGAAUCACAAGGUAAUGGCUGCCUUCUUCUCCGAGAAAAGCGUUUGAAAUCAGAAAAAAGGAGGCGCGUUGCCUUUAAAAUGCACAAAAAAAUCUACUUAAACCAUGGACUGAUCAUGUAUUUUAUGUGGAUAUUUGGCUUUGUGUUAUUUAUCAGUGCAGGGAACACAACGUGGUUCAGACUUGAAAGCUGGUAAAGGAGAAAACUGAUCAGGAAAUUAUGUUUUUGGGGAAACAUACGAGGAGAUUUCUGCUUUAUUUGAAGUUUGAGGUGAACCGUCUUGCCUUUCAUUUCAAUCAUCUCAGAGAAAUGAGACAUCAUUUCUGGAAUUUGCACAGUAAACAUCAUUACCCUCAUUCCACUCACUUUUAUUUUAUUUUAUUUUGUUCGUUGAUCCAUCUGACUCCCAUAUUGUAAAGUUUAUUUUUUUUCUGAAUUGUACUCGGACAGGUAGCUAGAUAUUUAAAUGGUGGCUGCAACCAAAGACUACAGUAGAAAUAUUGUUAAAAACAUCAUGAAAAAAUAUCAAAUCGGUGCAAGUUUGAAGGGUUAAACUUUAAAAAUGCUCAUCCUAAGAAUAAAAAAACUGAGUUUUAGCUUCUAAAAUGGUGGUUUUAAUGAGAUUAAAGUGUCAGGAAUCAAAAAAAGUCAAGUUUUAGAUCAAAAUUUAUUAAAAACUACAGUUUAUUCUCAUUUUGUACUCAUCAUGGAGGUAGAUUUUGUUUCUAAAAUGAGCAAAAAUCAGCGUAGAAGUACUGAACAGGCUACCGACUGGUUUGAUAAAAUAUUAGAUUUACGUGGAGUUUGUCUGAUCGCAGGGAGAAAGCGGCGUUUUGUGAAUGUUUAACAGUUUAUCUUGAGUUGUAUAAUAAUCGUUCUAGUGUUUAUUCCUUUGUAGGUUUAACGCCAAGUGGCCUUCUCACGACACAAAUACUUUUGUAUAUUUAUUUUUGAGUAUUUUAAGGAGGCAGAGUUCAACUUGACACCGUCUUUGGACUGAAGACGUUGAAUUUAUCGGUACAUCAGGCAGUUUUGAAUUUCUCGGCACAUACAGAUUUAUUUAGCGAUGAUUUCUGAUGAAUUUAUCCGAGAACGUGUUGAAUUAUGUGUUUGUGUUCACACUGCAAGCAGCUUGACUCAUAUAUUUUCAUACAUUUUGCUCAAAUAAUCUAAUCAAGGGUUGCAGCUGGUGAUUAUUUUGAUUGUGUCAUGUUGAAAAUGUGUUUUAAAUUAAGAAAAAUGCAAAUUACAAGAAUUUAAGGUUGUUUUUUCAAAUUAGCUGCAGUUAAAAGAAGGAAAAACAAAAAACCCCCAGCAAAUUCUGACAUUUUAACACCAGCUAAUGUUCAGAACUUUCGCUCCCUCAACAGUUUCACAAGUAAUCAUUAAAAUUAGACUUUUUGUUUAUAGAUGAGAUUAAUUAAAUCAUUUUAGAGCUUUUUUCAGCUCAUGUUGGUCCGUGUCUCUUAAAUUAAUCAGAUCAUUUAACUUAAGGAAUAAAUUUAUGCGGAAAAAAACAAUAAAAACUCAUCAUACCCAAAUAAAAUGUAGUCAGUCUAUCAAUAAAAUGCAAAUUACAAGAAUUCAAAGUUGUUUUUUUCAAGUUUACUGCAUUUAAAAUGGGGAGAAAAGCAGAAAAACAACAAAUUCUGCCAUUUUACAACCACUGAACCUCAGAACCAAGCAUUAAAAUUCAACUUUCUGUUGAUGGAUGAGAUCAUUUUAGUUCUUUUUUAGACUAAUGUUGGUCAAAACCACUUAAAUUAAUCAGAUAAUUCAUAUGAAAACGACUAUUACAACUCACUAUAUCCAAAUAAAAUGGAACUAAAUAGUUUUUGUGGCAGAUUUUCUGAGCUGACAGGAGUCUUGUUGUUGUUGUUGUUGUUUAUCUUGUUUGCGGUGUGAACCUGCACUAAAACGUCGAUUCGUCUCCGUCUGUCGGGUCAAACUGAGCGUUGGUGGCGUUCGAGGCCCGUUUGACGGAGCGCCGCUGGAGAUAACGCUGCGUUUUAAUCCGUUUUCCCGGAACCCUGUGGUUGAUUAACGGCUCGUCGGUCUUCCCGUUGGUGUUCGCCAGACGUGCUUUGGUCUGGAAGCGCUCACUGUGAAGGCUGCCGGGUAAACAGUCGCCCCUUACAUGGGCCACGGCGGCUCCGCUCGGCCCGUUGUGUUUGGGUUGGCAUGUCCUCCACGCCGUAAAUCAGCCGCCGGCGUAAACACGUCACGGGAACAUUGUGGCAGCUCCUCGGUGACACUCGGCAGCAGGGCGGCGUUUGAGCCUGACAGGUCGAACUGAGGGCAGCGAUGUGAACAUUAGCACCGAGAUCAAUAAUCAGGGUUCCAGUGUCGCUUCAGAAAGGCUUCACAUGAACUGAAGAUGAAUUUAGAGGCUGCUGAGUUUGAGUUUUGGACAAACAAUGUUGAAUCUGGCAGUCACAUAACUUCUAUUUUAUACUUUUUACCAUUUAUUUCCUUCUGCUGCUGCAAACCAGUGCUGUGGUGUUUUAUUAACCUUUAAACCAACUUAAUUCUGCUCAGUUACUCAGUAACUGAAGCAUUUUGUUCAAUAUUCAACCUGCAGAAAGGUUAAAACUGUUUAGAAGUUGGGUUUUUGUGCCCCAAAGCCAUAAAAAUAACUAGUUCCAGCUUCACCACUGUGAGGAUUUGCUGAUUUUCUCUGUGUUUUAUUGAAAUUAACUGAAUAUCUUUGGUUUUUCACUCCCUCUUGCACAAGAAAAAGCCAUUAUGAGUCAACUAUGAUGGACAUUUUUCACUAUUUUCCAACAUUUUGUGCUGUAUGUGCCGAAAACUGAUGAAAUUCUUUAAGAAAAUAGUCCGUUUGGUCCCUUUGGAUCAAAAGAUUUCACCGAAACCAACAAAAAUAACAGCAAAUUCUGACAUUUUAACGCCAGUUAAUGCUCAGAAUUGAUCAAUUUUACAAGUAAUCGAUCAUGAAAAUGUAAUUUUCUCUUGGACAAUAUUAUUGAGAAGAUUUUAGCUCCAUUUUCAGCUCAUUCAAGUUAAAUGAAUCACAUAGAAUUUUGUUGGUUUUUCAGUUUCUUGCACAAGAAAAAGUCAUUAUUUGCUAUUUGCUUACUAUUUUCCAACAUUUUUGUACUUUAAAUACUAAGGAAUGAUCAAAUUAGUGAAGAAAAUAGUCUUUAAUAAUUAUCAGCCAAUAAUAUAGAAUUGUCAUUUGGAUUGAAAGAUUUUUUUCAAAAAACCAAUAGAACUUUUUGCUGUCUUAUUUCCUAGAAAACACGAGAGCUACAAGACAUGAACAUUUAUUCUUUCUAAUAAUGGCUGCAAUUGUUGUUUUUUUGCCAUUUCUUCUAAAUAUUUUGGGGUGUUUUUUUUUGCGGUAAACAGAUUAAUUUUCAUUUUCUGCCAUUUUAAAAUCAGUAAAACGUCUAAAAAAAAUCCCUCCCUGAUCUCAGCCCAGAUUUAUUUAUCAAACUCAUCCCAAAGCUUAGAGAUAAAUUCUAUUUAUAGUGAUAAAACAGAAAAACAUUUAUUUUUUUCAUCCUCCAGUGUGACAAAAUCCCAUCCAGUUUCAUUUACAAUGAUGAAAACAGACAAAAACCGGCAAAUCCUCACAUUUUAGAGGCCGAAACUCCCGUUUUUUUUGGCAUUUUUCUUUAAAAUCUUAAACUAUGCAACCAUAAAUUACUCUCAGUUAAUAGAAUUUGUGUAUUUAAUGCAGAUUUAUUCAUUAUAAGGGGUAAAUUUCAGCCUUUUCAGUCACAGAUACGACAUGACAGUGAUGUUUCCGUCGUGUUAUUAGGAUAUGAUUUGUGAAAACUUGCCAGGAGAUGCUGGAACCCUGAUGUGAUUAUCAGCUGAAUGCCGCGUCUAGAAACGGAUAUUUGUCAGUUUGUAUCUUCAAAAUACAGACGUUUUGCAUCAUUAAAGCAUCACAGAACCCCGAAAACGAAAGAUUCUGCAGCCGUGUGUCCCAACUGUUCGUAUUUUCUCGUCUUUGGCUGCAGGAGUAGAGCAAAGUGUUGCACUGCGUCGUUUAAGCUGCUGUUGUCUUUGAACAUGAAACCUUUGAAUAAGGAGGAGGAAAGUAGAGAUACGGGAAAAGCACAUUGACGGGGAGGUUAAAUCGAUCAUUUUUCUAAGUUUAAGGUUGUUUUUGGACAUUUUUAGUGACUUGCAAGACAAAUAAAUGCAGAUUUUGGCCCCCCGUCGUCCACUUUGCCUGCUCUCUGUGGAGUAUUGCCACUGUGUAAAUGCACUAUUCAUUGUUUUGAUACGUAGCUGAGUGUUCGUCGGUGGACUCAGGGUGUGAACAUCGAUCAACGAUACGAACCGUCCGCUAAGAUUCCCGUCGACUUCGAGCGACUAGAAGAACAAAUGUUGGAAGCAAUAAAGUCGUGUACCGUUUUUUUUUUUUUUUAGAUUUUCUCCCUUAGAUUAACGAGAAUCAUUGUAAAAAUUGUAAUUUAGAAAAAGCAGCAAAGACUUGACUUUUUUAAAAUAUCAGUCGUAUUUGGGGGUUGGCGUGCUUACGGCUGAUUGUUUUAUAGACCUUUUGAGAGCAGGUGUCCCCCCUUUAUUUCUUUUUAAAGUGUUUCCCUCCACGAUAAGGAAGCUGCUUUUUGUUGAAUAUUUAAAAAAAAAAAAAAAAAAAAAAAAAGUUUCUUGGAGCUAGAGGCAGCUGGGAACAGAUCUGCACAUAGAAACCUAAAAAAAGGAGCAUUUUUCUCAGAUUUGUGCUGAAGUUAAAAGUAAAACAAGAUUAGAUUUAACAGCCACCGGUGUUUUAAAACAGAAAACUCAAUCUAGAGGCGUGUUCAAGAGGAAAACAAAGUGGAUAAAUCACACUUAUUUUCAUAAAUAAACUCAUAAAUAAACAGAAAUUUCAGCGAUUUAUUUCUUUUCUGCGUUUUCUUCUCAGAUUGACGAAUUUAACGUCUUUCCAUUGGCACUGUGCCGCUUCGUCUUCUUUCUGAACACACUUCAGGAGCAAAAAUUCAGCUCAGAUCACCUCAUAUGAUAUUAAAACCCCAAAAUAAAAUUUAAAAUCAAACUCUAGAGCAAAAAAAAAAAAACAGUGUCCAGUGUUGAAGUUUUGGAAAGAAAACGAGACAAAAAUCAGGAAAAAUGUCUUGAAAGUUGCAGUAUAGAUGCAGAACAAUAUCUUUAACCUGAUUAUUAUUGGUUAUUGGUUAUUAUCAUUUCUUUUUUUUGGAAAUUGUAUUAAAAAUAUAAAUAAAUACUAGUCGUGAAGCUGUAGCUUAACAGGUGCUCGUUUGGGAUAAUUUUUGUUAUUUAUUUAUUUAAUCGAAUUUUUCCAUUUUGUUUUUUUUCCCAUCUCAAAAUGGAGAUGUGAUGUUCAGGACUUGAUUAGAUUUUUAGUUUAAAAACUCGAAUGUAUGACAAGUAUCACUUUAUUUUUAACACAGAUUUUGUGUUUAUGUAAAGAAAAGCAUCAUUUACGACAUGAACCGUACGUGUUGAAUAAAUUGAAAAUGAUCCUGCA